AUGGAAGAGCCAGUACCAACGGAUUUCACGAGGCCACUGAGACUCAACACUCAGUCAGCCCUCGGCCGAAGGCAGGAUUCUGAGCCUGCAACCAUAUUUGAUUUGAAAGCGCUAAAGCUAGCGAUAGUUCGCGACUUGGUCGUGACACACCAAGUGGUCCAGAAAAUAGCGGAGGCACAGGACGCCCGCAUCAGCGCGCUCGAGAAGAGCAGCGAGGAAGAUUCCUCUGACGGAAGUACGGUAAGAAGCGGCAGCGGAGGCACGCCAGACCCGGCUUCGAGGUCAACUACGCCAGACCCCGCUUCGAGAUCAAGCUCACCCACGCGCGCGUCGACUCCGCCGGUCAACCAGACGUUCGCCUUCCCGACGGCGACUCAACAGAUUACUGUAGCUGCGCCGCCGCAGCAUCUUUCAUUGGUUCAGGGGACGCCGAGACCCCCACGCAUCAACGUCCUGAGCGCAGCUGAUCUUCGCAAUAGAGGCGCGCUCCCGGUUUUCCGCGGAAAUCCGCACGAGGAUUUCAACACGUUCAUCCGCGCUUUUGAAGACGUCGCCAACGCGACGGAUCCUGGUCUUGCCGAUGACGUGAAGAAGGCCCAUCUACUGACGUACCUGGCUGACAACGCCAGAGACAAAGCAGAAGAGCUACUCACAAGCUCCCCACCUCCAGACUUCAAGGAACUCAAGGAAAGUUUGAGAAAUGCUUUUCAGGAUCCACUAAGAGUCGAGCUAGCUAGACAGCAGCUCAGAAGUUGUACUCAACUUCCAAUGGAAUCGGUCGAAGACUUCUCGGCUCGAGUGAAGAAGCUGGCAAGAGCAGCAUUCGGGCAACAAGGACGCUCAACGGUGAACGAAAAAUGUCUAGAAGCUUUCGUAGACGGUCUUAAAUACGACCUCAAGUUUCACGUGAAAUCUAGUUUUCCAAAAGAUUUUCAGUCAGCCGAAAGCGCAGCUCUCCGAUACGAGAUGUGGUUCCAGGAAGCAGUGCGGGCAAACAUCAUAAAUCCGGGAAUGAUGCCAACGACAAUAAUGCAACGCCCGCAAGAGUCAAGGCCGCCAACGGGUCCGGCCAACCAAGCCCGAUGCUUCUACUGCGACAAGCCGGGACAUUUCGUCAGAGAUUGUCGAUCGAAAGCUCGCGAUCAGGCCGCGGGACGAGGACGAAGAGGUUACAGCAAUCGAGGAAAUUUUCAGAACCAACAGGGUCCUCCUCCGCAACAGCAUGACCCGAUCAUGAAUCAUCAGAUGACGCAGCCGAACGACGCGAGGCAGUUCGUUCAAAACUGGAAUGGAGCACCCAACGUGCAAGCCUGCCAAGCAGAAGAAACGCGAAAUCAGGUUGAAGAACAAGCGGAGAUCAUAAGAUUACAGCAAGCAAGGAUCGAAGCGCUCCUUCAGCGAAACAACGAAUUGACGCAGAACGUCACUUCGGCAGGAGCGCAAGAGGAAUCGCGCAUCAACGUGGCAGCUCCGCAACAACGCCAAGGGAACAGGACUUCAGUAGGGUCAAAUCUGAGGUUGGGAUUCAUUUUGAUUUGCUUCUUGUUCACUCCUGCACUGGCUAUCAAUCCGCUGAUCUGUUUGCCUCAUGCGCCGCGGUCCUACUUUUUGUUGCCGCCAAGAAUCGAGUGCUCGCGCCUGGCCGGCAGUGACUCUUCUGCCGUUAAGAGAGUUUCUCUCACUGUCUGGCGGCCGAACAUCAUCGAAUAUGAGUCAUCCGCUACUCUUUGUAAGAUCAUUCAGCGCACUACAAUUUUUUCGGUGAAUUUCUUUGGUGCCCGCAGCGAAACUUCUUUUUCCAAGCAGCUCACGGUAUCUUUGUCAGAUUGUCAGAUAAUGAUGAACCAUAAAAGAUGUGCGCAUGGAGAAUUAUUCUUCUCUAACGGAAUUUUUCAGACUAACAACCCACACGCGGUUCCGUGGCCGACGCCACCUUAUUGGCCAUUUGCAGAAGAAAAGACUUUUGUUUCGACGAACUGUAUCAUGCUGAACACAAAAGUGAUCUCACACUUUGACGAAUCGACUCCUUCGUCUCCGGCUGGCCAAAUGACAGCCUGCUCCUAUCGCGACGGAUUCUGCAAUCAAAGAGAAGGAGCUGCCUUCAUCUGGCGCCCAAAUCCCAAUCAGGCUUGUCGUUUUGUGAAAUUCAAAGUACUUUCAGGUUUUCUGUCGAAAAAUAUUUGGCUUGGCGAUGAGAAAGAAUUCGCGCUCUCAUUUAACGCGUCUAGUCUGAAAGUACAAGACUGCGGCAACACUCUGAUCCUCACGGAUCAAGGCUUCGCGAUUUCGCCAAUUUUGAGACGAAAGCGGGAUUCUGAGCCCGCCUUAUCAAAUCUUACAAAUUUUGUCUCCUCAAAUCAAUUAGCAGCUCAACUUUUGGCGGUUCAGAAGGAUAUCAUCGCGACAAUGUACACUUGGGUUUCUCAUAAUUUGGUUUCUUGGUGCGCAUCACUAAAUGCCAUCGCCGCCUCCAGUUCGGCAGCAGCAGCCAACAACCCAACUCUAGUCGCACGUCAGCUUCUAAACAGAACGGAUAUUUCAGCCAGGUACCUAGGUAAUAGACUCUUGGCAGUUCAAGCAUGCACGAGGAUUCCGAAAGCCUCAUUUAAUCUGGAAAAGUUCAUCGACCAGUGCUACUCGAAACCAUCGAUCAGAGUGUCGAUGCCGAACAACUCGUCCUUUCUGACGUUCUUCGACCCGGUCACGGACAUAGUCACCAGCAGAGCUCACCCAGUGCCUUGCUCUUUGGUCAACAACUUCGAGUUCGUUCACGGAAAAAGUUUGGUAAGGUUCAACCCUUUUACAUUAGAGUCAGAGGAAGUCGAGGACUUCCGACCCAGAAGCUUCCCAGUCGAAGCUAACACGCCAGCCCCAGAAGAAGACAUGCUUCCGACAAUUUUUCACAACAUGGUCAUAGGCUCACUUUCAGAAACUAUUCAGCCAACUCACUACAACGAGAUUUGGCUGGCGCUCGAAGGUUCCCCGGAAGCCCUAACUAGAAUGGUUUCAGCGCACGACGAUCCGAAGGAAGGACACCUCGUCGAGGUUAUGAAGUACAUCUCGUUCUGGGAAAGAACAAAGCUCAUCUGGGACACGGUCUUCUACAUCUGGACGAUUCUGGUUUGCUUAGCAGUCACAGCUUACGCCGGUUUGCUUUUCCUAACGACUUUUGUGCAAAACAACCUGUCUUUUCGUGCCCGCUUUCAGAAAGACAGUAGUAGUAGCUAAAGAGGAUUCUGACGCCUCUCUUCCCCAGAUAAAUAAACAAGACAUCGAGUUUGACUACGCCCACCUGUUCGCAGAAACGCCGAAGAAGAAGCGGAGUCCUAGAGUGAACACUGUCCAGGCAUGCUCAACUUAUUUCACAGCGCAGAUCCCAGUAAAAAUUAACAGAGUUAAUGCUUUAGCUCUCAUCGACACUGGCGCAGGACUGACAAUUUCCAGCGCCGAACUCUGCCCGCUGAUGGGAAUCGCAUCUCUUUCGCCAACGAGCACGAACAACGCGAUAGGACUCGGAGGAAACGCAGUCCAAAUCGUAGGCAAAGCAGAAGUUGAAAUUCAGAUCGGAUCAUUGCGCUUCACGCAAACGACACACUUCACGAAAACGCGCUGCACGCCAGGAGGAGCAUCCUCCUACGACAUCAUCUUGGGCAACGAUUUCUUGAGCAAGCUGCCGAAGUUCCACUUGGACUACAAGAAAGGAAGCUUCCACGUCGGCAACGAGCGCCUACCCUUGGGCAGUUACGUUUCUGUUUCCACAAUUUCGCCUUCUAGCGAAAUCCCCAUCAAAGUGAAGAAACAUACGGUGAUCCCAGCUCAGAGCGAAGCCUUUGUUGAAUGCGCCGCCCCAGUCGUGGACCCAGCUGGCGAAGCAGUCCUCGUCUCUCAGGCAAAUAAGAUUUCAGAUCUCGACCUCCUUGUCGCGCCGGCAUUGUUUUCUACAGGAGCAGUGAAGCUACUGAUCAGCAACCCGACGAAUGAGCCGAAGACGCUUUUCCAGAAUACAACGGCAGCCUACGCCUGCCCGACGACUACAAGAGCGACGUAAGAUUACAAUCGGAUAUAUUAUGAACAGGCGGAUUCUGAGCCCCUCAUUACCCUAUAGCAUCAAACAACAACGAAAAACACGACCCUGAGUUCGUCAACGUCCUGUCCAAAGCCAAGCUGGAUCUAAAACCAAAAAAAAAAUUAAAGAAUUCGUCGAAAAAGAUCAUACGAGAAACGGACAACAGCUUUUGAAACUUUGGAGAGAGCGAGAGAAGACUACAGACAACGCUACGACGAAUCGGCAAUACCUAGCAUUAUUCGGGUCGGCGACAAAGUUUUAUUCAAAAUUUUUCUCGAGCCAACAGCUUCCUCUAGAACAGUUUCAGCGCCCAGAACAGCUCCCGGAGACGAAACGUUUUCAACUAUCCCGGAAACUACAGAAGAAGAAGCAGAGACGGAAGAAGUAGAGUCGGACAAGAUAGAGGAACCAACCGAAGAACGAGCUCAAAAAGUCUUCGAAGGUCAACUAAACCAGCCGGUAAAGAAUGUCACUCACGAAAACGCUGAGAAGGAGCGAGAUCAAUUAAAUAUAGUUUCAGACGAAACACGAGAGCUCCACCACGCCUGACGUACUGAGAAGUUCUCGGGAAGGACGAGAAUUCAAACUUUUUUCCUCCCCUUUUCUUCUAAUCUCAACCUUUCCUCUCCAUCUUCUCUUCUCAAUCCUAGCCUCAGCUUUUUACCAGAUCUCCUCCAGUCUAUCAAAAUUUUCUCUCUUUUCGUUUCUUCAUUCGAUUUUGCUCGUUUCCGCGUUCCGCGUCGCGACAACCAUCAAUAGGGGCUUCCGUUCCACUCCACAACAAAUAAACUCUGAAAAUAAUCAGUUUCAGCCGAUGUCCGCUUCGAGCAUUGGUUCAAGCCUCGAGAGCCUCUCCAUCGCCCCAGCCACCGAAGAGCAGCUGCCGGAGCACGUUUUUGGGUUCGGAUCCAGACGACGAUGCCAGCCGAGCCGAAGAACUGGUCGAAGGAAGAAAAGACGCAGAGACGGAACCCGGAGACGCCAAAAAUGUUCCUGAAGCCACAAUCGUCUCCAAAAGAGACAAACUACGAGGAAUCCGUGCCUCACUACCCUCAUAGCUACGCGGCGGCAGUCGCAACUUACAACAGAGCCAGCGAACUCUGA